GAUUGCGUGAUUGCAAAAAUCUACAACACUGCGUAUUCAAAUAAGUUGGCAGUUCAAGUGUGUUAGCGUCACUUUGAGUUUUAAAAAAAUUGUUUUGAACCUUGGCAAAUACAUGAAAAAAUAUGGAUUUAAAAAAAAAGAGAAGCUCACUACGUAAAUUGCCCCAGCAAGACGAUGAAGAGACGCGCAUUACAGCGCUAAAACGUAGAGUAAGUUUCAGUGGAAAGAAAUUCGUAAGGGAAUUUCAUGACACAGAGACUGAGCGCUGGCAGACAUCAUAUGAACUUUCGGAUCAUGUCAGUGAUUCGACUGGGCAGAGAAGUUCAAGUAUUUCGAAUUCAUCAAUAAUUGCAGACGCUGAAGUUCCAAAAAGCGCACAGAGAUCACUCUUAUCGGUUUUCGAUAAGGAGAAUAUUCCUUUAUCCAGCGAUAGCGUGGCCCAAAAAGAUAUGUCAUUACGCUUACAGAGGAGCACGAGUUUUACCCUGUUGCCCGAAGAAUUGCUUAAAGCUCGAAGACCGUUUUCCGCUGUAGAAGUUGAUUCUCGUUUCCAAAGUUUUAGCCAGUCCGAAGUUGGAUUGGCUAAUCUGCAUAAUGCUACGUACAGCUACCAGGAAACUACUUUAGACCUAGUGGACAAUACUGUAUUUCGUGUAGAUCCGAGCAAAGCGGGUAUUUUUAUGGCUUCCAAGGAUUGUCGUGAGGAGUGCAUGACUGCAAAUGUGCCACUUUCUACUUCUAACACUAUAUCUAAGGAAGAGAACACUUGUGCAAGUGCCAACAACGUAGCAGGCUCUUCAGAUUCGUUAAUGGAUAUUACUCUUUUGCCACACGUGGGGGCUUCUGGGCCCCAAACUUCUAAUGUUGCUGAGCCCAGCCCCCCGAAAGAAAGAAGAGAACAACAUGCCGCUUCAGAUUCGUUUAUGGAUGUGACGCCCUUAGGUAUGGUGCUGGACACUAAACUUCAGGUACCUGAUGUGUCUACGACUGAUAAACAAGAACUGAAAUCUACAGAGGGACAUCAGAAGGUAAUUGUAAAGCAAAUAGCCAUAACGAGGAACCAAGAAAAAGAAAAGCAAAAGACGAGAAUAUUUGAAGAGGCCGAUCUUGAUAUUUCAUUUGAUUCUCCAUAUAAGGCAAGAACAAUGUAUCCAGAGCCACCAAAAUAUAACAAUGCUUCAUUAAUUAAUGAUGCAUCUUUUGCUUUGAGAGAUAUAAGUAACCCGAAUUCUUUAAUGGACGAUUCAUUAAUGUCUACGUCAGUAAUAGCACUGGAGCCUGGUGUUAGCAAGAAACUGAAUAUGCAGCAGAUGAAUGAUGAUAUAGAGUCUGGUCGUAUAAAAAUCUUUCCAAAAGGACCAAAAACACCGUCAACUGAUCGUAAAAAUAACCUUUUAAGCACUUGGAGCCGUGUCAAUUACAUUGAUAACGAUUCACAGACAGUAGACUUUAUAAAAAAGCGUUGCACAUUAAACUUUAGUUUAGGAGAAGAUAUGAAAAUGUCACCCGAACGAAAAGAAGAUUCAAAAAUAGCCCCUGAGCUGGCAAUCGAAAAAGUGACAAUUGCAGAGAAAGAAAACCAAAAAAACAAAUAUCGCGUAUCACAAGCAGAUGAACGAAUGCUAAACAAUACAAGCUUCCUCAUUCAUGCAAAAUUAGGUGAUGAGACUGUGUCUCAAGACAGCUCAAAAUUCCCGUCCCGCCGUGAAACAACAUAUUAUAACACCUCAUUGGAAUUGGAUGACUUAUCUAAACAGCAGGAAGAAGUUUCUACAAUAGAAACUAUUUCAAAGCCGAGAAAGACAUCGCACCUCACUCAGGCAAUGGAAGAAGGAGUACUAGUCCCACCGACGGAUAAUAUAGGAACUAUAAAGCCCUCUAUACCGGUACACACUUCCGCCCAGGAUGCUUUGAAACUAAGACAUACAAUGCACAUCAAUCAGACAAUGGAUGAAGAGGCCUUGGAACCCAUCAUAAAUGGCACUGAAAUGCCAGCAAAUGAUGUAAUAGAAAAGCUCGUCCAGCCCAGACAGACAUUGAAUAUAGCUGAAGCAAUGGAUGAAGUAACUGAUGUGAUUUCCACCCAGACACCACCUUCCAGAGAACUACGGAACAUAUCGAAGCCUAGGCAAACCAUGCACGUAAACGAGGCAAUGGAGGAAACUCUAUUAGAUCCCGAUCCAAAUGAACACAUUAUUUGUGAGAGUAUUAAUGGUGAUUCUACACAACCUUCUACACACGCAAAUGAGAAUCAUUCGAAACCCAGGCAGACAAUUCAUGUAAAUGAAGCCAUGGAGGAAACUCUGCAGGAUCCUGAUCAAAGUAAAGAUAUUGAUGUGGAUUUUAUACAAACUGCAAGCCCCAAAACUGAAAAUCGCUUAAAAUCGAGGCAAAGUUUGCACAUUACUAAAGCCAUGGAAGAAACAUUACAGAGUCCUUGUAACGAUAUUGAAUCACAGCCGAUUAACGAAGAAUAUAUUGGGACAUAUACGAGCUAUUCUCAAAUGAAUGAUAAUUUAAUACAGGCAACCAGUUCAACAGGUGAAAAAAAACAUAGACAAACAGUGUACACAACUGAAGAAAUGGAGGAAUCAUUAUUAAGUGUUUCUCAUAAUGUUUCUGAGGCAGUAAAAGAAAAGAGCACUAAAUGUAGACAGACCUUACAUGCAGCUGAACCAAUAAAUGAAGAAAAUUCGGAUGAAAAACUUUCGAUUGUUAAUCAUAUAGCAGUCGGAAAGGCAGAAACAGGAGUCAAACUCAGACACACUAUAUAUACAAUUGAAGCGAUGGAUGAAGAAACCAUUAGUCCCAAACCAAAGGACAAUAUCACAAAAGCAACAGAGAGUCGAUUAAAAUCCAGGCAAACAUUGAACCUCAUUGAAACAAUAGAAGAUUCGUUUUUGAGUCCUCCGAAUGUUAAUUCAAAUGCACUUCUUAGCACAGCUCACAAAACAAUUCUUGAAGUCACACCCUAUACAAAUCCAAAGCGGAAAAUUGGACAACUUACUCCUUAUACGCCAGCUCGUUCGAUCCUCGAGUUUGAAGACAUUGAAGAGCAAUGCAUGAAUACCAGUAUUAGCGGCAUUGCCGACCUCGAUUUAUCAACUGCUGCGCCAAAUAAACACCGCUCUACGUUGUUUGAAGUAAAAGACAUAGAAUUCGAUGAUGCUGUGAACCAUAUUGGCAAUCAAAUAAGGAAAACAAAUAUAUCUAGAAUCCCAUCUCCAUCGCCUUUAGUUGCAAGAAAAAACUCCAUCAACCAACUCUGUCAACCAGUGGAUAUGGACAUCGAUAUGGAUUCCUCUAUAAAAGAUUUACCGGCCUUAGGAAAUACCAAAAGGUUGCCUAUACAUUUGACACCCCAUUUACCGAUAGCCAAAAAACGGCACACACUUAUUUUUGCAGACAAUUAUAUAAGCGAUGCGUCAACAAAGGAAAGUCCAGUUGCAUUACCACACAGAAACGAAAAUUGCAGCGAUACGCUGGAGUUUAAUUUAUCCAGUCGAACGAUGCAUCCGCUUACGCCGAACAACAAAAGCAAAUCCCGGAUUCCAGUUUUGGUCAAUAAAUCCAACAUGAAUUCGCCGUUGGAAGAAUCGUUGAUGCUGGCAAAAGAUAUCAAUGAAGAAGACUAUUCCGUGCAAGUGCCCAGACACUGCAUUGCUCAAAGGAAUCGUAGCGUUUUUCAAUCUGAGGAGCCUCAGCCGGACGAUUUUAAAAAUAUGGAUGAAACAAAGUUUAUGGAUUUUAAGCUAACGCCAGAAGAGGAGGCAAUUAUAUUAGAUGAAAAUCCAAUAACUAUUUCAGACGUUUCAGAAUAUUUUCUGCCGCAGCGAAAGUUUUCUAAAAACCCACCUAUAGUCGAGGCUUUAAAGGACAAUUCCACAGACCGGAGUCGCCGGAACUCAAAUGAGCUUAGGUUCCAAAAAAUGACACAAAUCAAUACGAACCUCACCAUAGAUGUGACUCUUUUUGAUGCUAAAAGAAACGAAGACUUGAGUGAUAUUGAAAAUGAGCGAAUAAGCCUCGUCUCUUCACUAGAAAAUAGCGACGGUCAUAAAGACAAUAAAGACACCGCAAAUGAGGAUGAUAUUCCUGAAAUAGGAGAUCCAAAUGCUUGUGAACAGUCCAUGGGUGUAAGCGCUGUUGCCUGCAAGAAAUGCAAACAUUGCAGGAGGUCUCUUCCCGGCACGGACAGUUCUUUCGCUUUGCCCCAAGAAAGUGUGUUCCCCGAUCUGGGAAUGGAAGAAUUGCGUCGCUUACGUCAGAAACCUAGCAUUACUGAUGUACAUAAAUUUUGGGACCUAAAGGAAUUGCAAAGGUUCUCUAAUGUUCAAGACGAUUCAACCAACGAGAACGGGACUGAUAAAGAUAUAGCGGCCUUAGAAGAGGUGUUCGAUUGGUUUCACAAAUCAUUAGAAAGAAUUUUGAGCAAGCCGACACCAAUGAAAUUUCCAAUUGGCAAGGCGCCUUUUUGUCAACGCCUGGAAAAUUUGCUGCAAAGCCAAUCGGCAAAUUGGAUAUUUGACUAUCAGCUGCAAUUCUCCAAAAAGUACAUUUUUACAAAUCGCUUGAUACCAACACUUCGUAUAUUUGUUAAUUAUGAACCGAUUGAUCUCUUGGAAACAGCUGUUCACGUGUGCUCCAUUGAAGUGGACUCUAGAAAGGAACAUGUUGCAAGUUUCAAUGUGCACGAGCAUCUGCAUGAUUUCCAGCUAAAGUUGAAAUUGCCCCUAAACCUAAUGGAAAUGCUCGAGGGUAAUGAUGAGCAGGCAUUUCUUCAGUUCUUGAGCCGUGUAGACCAGAUUUGCUGUAACGUUCGUACGAAAUGCAGGGAUAUGAAUCGGGUAUUGAUUUCGACUCAGGCCAGACUCCUAAGGGAGGGGAAUAUUACAGUUGCUCGAAAAUAUUUGCGAAAUACCGUCGAAGCGAAUGAUUACAUACGGGUUGAUUCCAAAGAAUUUGUUGUUCAAAUCGCCAAUAUCGAUGAAGUAUCAUUCAAGGAUAUUCUGCGUCCUCACUUGUAUUUAUAUAAUGAAGACAUUCAGUAUCUCCCAAAAGGAACGAAUUUUUUGAAGCUGUUUUUCGAGAAUCCUGCUCAGCACCUAAAGUCCAAAUCUUAGCAUGUAAAAUAUUCAUUUUAAGAUGA